AGGAAACUGCUUUUUGGUUAUUUGGAUUAAAACUAAUCGUAUAAUAUAUAUAAAUUUAAUAGUUCGAGCCUAAUUAAGAAGGGACCUGCUUCACGCAACGGUAACUUUCCCUCUCCCCCUCUCUCAUAAGUAGUCUGUAAUUUGUGUUUUUCGGCCCGUCGACCUUAUAAAAAAACAUUGUUUGCUGCUUAAUUGUUUUAGCUUUACAAAUUCGCGAUGUCUAAAUCGGUUAGUUCUGCUGUUAAAGCUAUAGAUUGGGCAACCAUCCCUAGCAAGUUGAAAUUGGACGCUAGCACUGCUUCUGCUGUUGCCAACUUCCGUUCACGUCAUGCCCAAGCCGCUGGAAGACUUGGAACCCUGAAGGAACAAGCUACAACGGUUGAUUUUGCAUUUUACCGUCAGGUGCUUAGGAACCAAGAAAUCGUGAACCGUAUUGAGUCUUCUAUGAAAUCUUUUAAGCCUGUUAAGAUCAAUUUGGCUUCUCAACUGAAGGCAAUUGACGCCUUUGAAGGCAAGGCUGUCGAAAGUGCUAAGAAGAACGUUGAAAUGGUCAAGACUGAAUUGGGAAGCUUGAGUUCUACUUUGAAAAACAUUGAACAAGCUCGUCCUACCAAUGAAAUUUCUAUUGAAGAUAUGAAGACUGCUGUCCCUGAGGUCGAAAAGAUUGUUGAGACUAUGGUUACAAAGGGUAAAUGGGUUGUCCCUGGUUACCGCGAGAAGUUUGGCGAUUUGAGCAUUAUGUAAACCCACUAUACUCCUCAUUUAGUUGGUUUAUGUCGAUCAAGACAUACUUUAGCUAAACAUUUAGGGAACCAUUUCUCUUUGAUUCGUAAAUUAGCACGUGAAUCGCUCCUUUUACAUCUCUAUGUUAUAGUUUGAUUCAGCUGUGAGCACGUUAAGCUAAUUCCAAAGUCAAUGAAAUAUAUUAAAA